CCAGAACGUCAGGACUGAAGUCUGAGAAAGAACGAACAUUACAUUAGGCUGAGCCAAGCCAAGCCCCGAACUGAAUCGAAACAAAAAAGGAGAGGAGAACAGAAUCCCAUAAUCAAUCAAUCAAUCAAUCGGAGAGAAAGAGAUGGAAGUGCCAGGAUCAUCAAAGCCAAUGAUAGCAACACAGGAAGAAAUGGUUGAGGCAAGGGUCCCAAUUCCAUACAGAGACCAAUGCGCCCAUUUGCUGAUCCCACUCAACAAGUGCAGGCAUGCUGAGUUCUUUCUUCCAUGGAAGUGUGAGAACGAGCGCCAUGUUUAUGAGAAGUGUGAGUAUGAGCUUGUCAUGGAGAGAAUGCUUCAGAUGCAGAAGAUCCGUGAAGCUGAGGCCAAACUCAAACAAUCACACAAGCAAGGAACCAUCCCUCUCAUCCCCAAGACUGCAAAUGCUUAGCCUCUGUUUCUUUCAGUGUUCUGAGCGCCGUCCCAAUUACCGUUGAGUUGAUUGGUAAAUUUACAUUCCGAUCGUUGGAAGUUGAUGCUUCAAAGGACUCAGUUUCGUUUUCUUCUUUGCUGUGGACCAUUCAUCAUUCUUGUAGGAAAACUAUGAAGCCCAGCUGAGAUUUCAAUAAAUUGUUCGAUGUCUGUACAGUUCAGCUUGCAACUUUCAAGAAUGGAAAUGCAAGCUCCCCAUCUUAUUAUUUCGUAUACACUGAUCUCGCGGUAUGCAAGUAGCUAUAACCAGGCCCACGAGGUUCUACAGCUCACAGUUUGAGCAAUGGAGAAGGCCUGUUAGACUCCCAAGAGCAGACUUGCUUGGGCUAAGAGGGCAUGCAGAAUACUGAAAGAUUAAAACAUGCUGUCGAAGCCAUGGCAUUAUUCUAAAUCAAUUAUAUAGCUCUAAUAAGUUACUGUAAACAAACAGAAAAAUUAUAUAAAAAAGGAAUUCAUAGUGA